GCUCGCUGGAGAUACUUCUGUCCUUGUCUUCUCCUUCGGUCUCUCCCCACGUCUGCUGCGCCCACCGCCACUUGCCCCGAACCAUGGGUUCCGUGCUACCGUCCGAGGCGCUGACUCUCAAGGCUGGUUUCAAGCCUCACGGUUUCUCGCUGGCGGAGAUCAUCACUUCCGACAUCCUCCACAGUUUCCUGUACGGCCGCUGGAGGAACGUCCUAGGAGAGCAACUCUUCGAAGAGAAGAACAACAACGGGCAGAAAACAGCCUUCACCGCGGAGGCGCUGGCUCAGUCCUUCGCUGGAGAGGUUCAGAAGCUGUCGAGCCUGGUGCUUCCGUCCGAGGUGAUUAUCGCCCAGAGCUCGAUCCCCGGGGAGGGGCUCGGCAUCUUCUCCAAGACUUGGAUUAAACCCGGCACCGAAAUGGGACCGUUCACCGGCAGAGUGAUCUCCCCGGAACACGUGGAUCUGUUCAAGAACAACAACCUCAUGUGGGAGGUUUUCAAUGACGAUGGCACGGUGCGCUACUUCAUAGACGCCAGCCAGGAGGACCACCGCAGUUGGAUGACUUACAUCAAGUGCGCCAGGAACGAGCAGGAACAGAAUCUGGAAGUGGUCCAGAUCGGAAACAACAUCUUCUACAAGGCCACCGAGACAAUACCCCCGGACCAGGAGCUGCUGGUGUGGUACGGAAAUACACAGAACACAUUCCUUGGAAUUCCAGGGGUUCCGGGGAUAGAGGAGGAACACAAGAAAAAGAAUAAAGAUGAUGAGCCGAGCGCGGCGGACGGCGCCGGCGGGAGCAGCGUGGGGCGGAUGCGGUGCGUGAUCUGCUACCGAGGCUUCAACUCCCGCAGCAACCUCCGCUCCCACAUGCGCAUCCACACCCUGGACAAACCCUUCAUCUGCCGCUUCUGCAACCGCCGCUUCAGCCAGUCCUCCACCCUGAGGAACCACGUCCGCCUGCACACGGGCGAGCGCCCCUACAAGUGCCAGGUGUGCCAGAGCGCCUACUCGCAGUUAGCCGGACUCCGGGCUCACCAGAAGAGCGCCAGGCACCGACCUUCUCCCGGCUCCCUGCAGCCGCACUCGCCGCCGCUGGCGGGGCCGCACUCCGCCGCUCUGACACACCGCAUCCCGACCAUGGUGUUGUGACUGUUGCCCGCGUCCUGAUCUCCGAUCCCGUGAAUGCAAACAAAGCAACGACUUCCCCGGCAGAUGACUUUCCAUUGACACCCGGCCGGGAAGUGUCGAAGCACCGACAAUGGAAACAGACAAAACGCAUCAAAGGGGGUUCCGUCUCUCCCUUCAUUGGCCAAUGAAGGUUGCAGAGGACAGAUGAGCCUCCCUCGCCCCGCAUCCCGUGUAGUUCCUGCUCCCAGUAACAUCUGCCCCGCCUGGUUUGGUUUGUUUUGGGUGGGGGAUAGUCGUGAAACCUUUAAACACUGGAUGCGCUCCAUAACCGGUUGGCCCCAACGAAGUUUGUUCCACACAGAGCUCAGCGUGGACUGUAGCCCACCCACCACCUUACAAUUCUCCUCUCCUCCCCCCUCCCCACUAUCUUCCAAUCCCCCCUCCAACCCCCCACUAUUCACCCGGAGCCUGGGGACCCCCAUGAGUCCAACAUGAACGGGCUAGAAACUCCUCAAUGGAAGCAGGGCCUUCGGCUCCGUGACUCAUUUAUCUUCCGUGAGCGUCUCCAGUGCCCCCUUUACCGACCCCUCCACCACCCACCAAAGUAGUUAGUUGCUAUUGGGCAAACUCCCAUGGAUGUGACCCACGUUUUCGCACCGCACGGUGCACAUAUUAGAACGUCCCACUCCUGCCAAUCUCAUCCCAUAUCUUAAACUAUCCUUCCAGAGUCAAUGCGUCUGUAACCAUUGUCAACGGAUUACUGCUGCAAUCGCUUCCAUUUUUCGCAAACCAGUUUUCUUCGCGUUGCCCGGUAUCAGACCGUUGUUGGUUCAUUAUGCAGGGAUUCACGGACACAACCAGUGCAACCUUGUUCAUCAAUGCACAUUCGCCACCGCCGUAGUCAGGAGUGGGAGUCCUGUCUCAUUUUCCCUGCUUUGGUCAUACCGGCAGCUACUAACAUCAUCCACGCCAGCAAAUCCACGGGAGAGCAUUCUGCUGUGAUCAAUUCACUGCAUUUGCACAACUCGGCUUGUGCACAAUCCCCAAAGAAGCAAAAUAGUUUUUCUGCGAGGAUCAAAUGGCACUACAAAGUCCUGUCGUAAUCUGUGGAACUUUUUAAAAAAAGAUACAAAUGAUUUUGCCAUGAAAUUCCCAUUAGAUCAAAUUACUGUUUCAAUAAAAUAUUCUCAUAAUUAAACCUUGAGAAUCUCUCCCUAUAAUGGAAUUUAUUGCAAUGGUUUUACAAAGGAUUCACUGCCAAAACGAAUAUUAGCUGAAACAGAAUUUAUGUAAUUAUUAAAAAGCAUCAAGGUCUUACUGCGGUUUGAGUAAAAAUUUCAAUUAAGAACUGGUUCCAUGAUUUAUUAGUAGGUUCUCAGUAGGGUAGCUGGACGCCAGUCUCUGUGUUGCUCUCAUUACCAACUCACCUGUAUAUUGGUGCGUGUAUUAAAAGUUUUCUGGUGUUGGCUGCCCCCUGGUGCCAGCACUGAUUCAUUGCAGCACCAGCCCCUUGUAAACUGUUCUAAACACGUAAAGGCUGUGAAGUGAGCUAAAGUAUAUAUUAAUAAUUAUGACAAAAAUGUUCGUAGUGACUGUGUGCAGCUUCCAAAAGAGAAUGAAAAUAUUUGUCACUUUACUUUGUACAUAUUUAAACAAGAGAUUUGCCUGACAUAUCAUUGCAUUUGUAAUUAUAUAUAUUGUAAAUGUUUACUGUAAGCAAAUGUAUAAAUAAAUCUGUACUUUUUUCAUGUAUUCCUAAAUAAACUGUACCUUAUUUCUG